AAGGGUGUUGGAUGAAAAACAAAAAGUUCAACAAUAUGCACAUUAUGACCUAGAGAGACACAAUAAUUACUACUAACUAUUAACUUACAUUAAUAUUUGAGAAAGAUAUAUGAGAUUGCAAUACCAAUUACCAAGCCCAAUUCAUUUCCUUUAGAACCGGCCCUUAAAACCCUAAAACAAUAAAACAAACAAAGCCGCUGCUAUUUUGCCGUCUUAUCAGUUUCAGAAACUAUUCUCAGUCGCAACAACUCAACUCAGCCGUCAAAACCACCGCAAAUCGCAGGCGAAGCAACGAAACCCGCCACAAAAUUGUAAAUGAUUAUGCUGUUUUAGAAUUUGGUAAUUAUUAUAAGAUGAAGGCUAUGGCAAAGAAAAAGAAUCCCCUGGUGUUUAUGGAUGUGUCUAUUGAUGGGGAUCCUGUUGAAAGGAUGGUUUUCGAGCUUUUCUACGAUGUUGCUCCGAAGACGGCAGAAAAUUUCCGUGCAUUAUGUACAGGAGAGAGAGGUAUCGGUCCAAAUACUGGAAAAUCGCUGCACUACAAGGGUUCUUUCUUCCAUCGUGUUAUAAAAGGCUCCAUUGUGAAGGGUGGUGAUUUUGUCAAUCGUAAUGGGACUGGUGGAGAAAGCAUAUAUGGUUCAAACUUCCAAGAUGAGUCGCCUAGGCUAAAGCAUGACGCUCCAGGUCUUUUAACUAUGGCAAUUGUUGACCGUGACACACUCGGGUCUCAUUUUAUUAUCACUUUGAAAGCUGAUCAUCAUCUUGAUAGGAAGCAUGUAGUUUUUGGGAAGCUUGUUGAAGGGCAACAAGUAUUGAGGAGAAUUGAAGAUGUGGGUGAUGAUGAAGGACAUCCAACUGUCACUGUUAAAAUUAUUUAUUGUGGUGAAUAUAACGAGGAUGGGAAGAAAGUAAACAAAUCAAAAGUAGGAAAGGGAAAGCACAAAAGAUCUGCAAAAGACAGAAGGAAAAAGAGAAGAUACAGCUCUUCUGAAUCGGAGAGUUCUUUGGAUUCAGACACAGAAUCUUCAGAAACUGACAGUGAUUCUGACUCAGAUACAUCCUCAUCAACUGAUACAAGUUCCUCUAGUGAUGAUAGACGAAAAAAGAGGAAGAGAUCUAAGAAAGACAAAUAUAAACGUGACAAAAAGAGAGAUAAACGCCGUGACAAAAGGCGGAAAAGACUAGAUAAGAGAUCGAAGCGUAGAUCAAAAAGGGAAUCUGGCAGUGAAUCAGACAGUGAGAGUGACAGUAGCUCUGACAGUGAAAGUCUUGAUACUCUUCAGAAAGGGCUGAAGCGAAAAGAUCGUUCUCAGAAGAAAGCUGAAGUUACGUCUUCCCCAGUGGUGGGGAAAGAUGUACCUACCAUUCAUCAUAAAAAGGAAGAGGCAGGUAUGCCCGAGGGUAAACCAAAAAUAAUAAAGGAAAAUGGAGAGCGGCAUACCAAUGGUACUGGAGCUGCGUAUAGAUCUGAGAGAAGUGAAGAGAUGCAGCCUGAUGUGAUGGAUGAUCAUUUGGGCAAAUAUAGGAGUCGAAGCAUAAGUCCUAAGCGACCCACGAGUAGGAGCAUGAGUAUUAGUCCCGGGAGGAGUAGAAGCAAGAGCCGUAGUAUUACUCCGAAAAGAAGAAUGAGCAAAAGCCCACAUGUUAGUAGAAGCCCUCCUCGCCCAUCAAGGAUGAGUUUGAGCAGGAGUCCUGUCAGGAGCAUCGACAGGAGUCCUGUCAGGAGCAUCGACAGGAGUCCUGUCAGGAGCAUCGACAGGAGUUCUGAUAGAAGCAUUGGUAGGAGUCCAAGAAGAAGCAUCAUCAACAGGAGCCCAGUGAGAAGCAGAAAGGGGAGAAAUGUUAGUAGAAGUCCUGUUAUAGCUCGUCCUCUUAAAAGUGUCAGCAAGAGCCCUGUUAGAUCCCGCCGGGGCAAGAGUUCUAGAGCAUCAUCAAGAAAAACAAUCAGUAGAAGCCCUGUAAGAUCGUCAAGAAAGAGCAUAAGUCGCAGUCCAAUUAGAUUGCCUUCAAGAAGCGUAAGCAGAAGCCCUGUAAGAGUGUCAAGAAAGAGUGUAAGUCGUAGUCCAAUUAGAUCACCUGCAAGGAGCUUAAGCAGAAGCCCUGUAAGAGUGUCAAGAAAGAGUGUAAGUCGUAGUCCAGUUAGAUCACGGGUAAGAAGCUUAAGCAGAAGCCCUGUGAGAGUGUCAAGAAAGAGUGUAAGUCGUAGUCCAGUUAGAUCACGGGUAAGAAGCUUAAGCAGAAGCUCUGGUAGGGUCCCUUCGAAGAGAAGCAACAGCAGAAGUCCUGUCAGAGCACCUAGUAGAAGCAAUCGCCGCAGUUAUUCUAGGAGUCCUAGCCCUGUACGUAGGAGGACACCUCGUGGGGGUAAUUUGUCUAGGAGUGCUUCACCCGAUGCUUCACCAAAGCGUAUCAGAAGGGGAAGAGGUUUCAGCGAGCGAUACUCCUAUGCAAGAAGGUAUAGAACACCUUCUCGGUCUCCGGUGAGGUCAAACCGGUACAAUGGUAGAAUUGAUCGCGACAGAUUUUCAAGUUACAGAAGGUAUUCUCCCAGGCGUUUCAGAAGCCCACCACCUCGUGGAAGAACUCCUCCAAGGUACCGAAAGAGGAGCAGAACGCUAUCUGUGUCACCCAGUCCACGCCACCAAGGUCGGCGAUAUAGCAGAAGCCGCAGCCCAAUUCUCACUCGCUCUCCAGUUCGGAGUACUUCCCCCAAUCGAUCACGCCCCUCUCGUGUAGAAAGGCAUUCAUCAUUUUCUCGGAGCAGAAGCAGGAGUUUACCCAAGUCCAGGUCUUCUGUAGAAUCACCAUCUCCACAAAAAGUAAGUCGAGAUAGAAGGUCAAAGUCAUCAUCCAAAAGCCCAGAUGGAAAGAAAGGCUUGGUAUCAUAUGGCGAUGGUUCUCCUGACUCAGGCUAAAUGUGAAAUAGUCUCAUGUUUUAUGUACUUUGGGGCUUCGAUUUUCGAGCUUUACCUCAUGCUUUGCUUGCAUGCUGGAAUUUGUGGGUCUCAUGUUUUUUUCUUCCCUUUCAUAGACAGCAAUCACAUGUGUUUGGUCGAACUCGAAUUAGAAACAUUGCCUGACUUGUCUUCGGUGGCUGAGUUGGAUUUAUAAAAUUUUGGAAUACAUUA